GCUGUGAUUAUUGUUGUCGCUUGUCAAUAUUGAGAUAAUGAAAGCGGAAGAUGAUGGAUCCGUGUCGAUCUGAUUAUGACAUAACAUAUUUGCAGAUUAGCUCAUGUGAUCAUUCCGAUAGACUGUGUUUAUGUAUCUUCGGUUAGACUUCGCUUUGUACGUCAUACAUUUUUCUGUAUGUAACAGUUUGUUUUGACACUGUCAAAGGUUUCAAUGGAUCGAGAUGAGAGUGUAAACUCCGACCCUGUCAUCACUGACAGUGAAGGACGUUGUCGCAAGUGGAGGAAUUGUAUUGGAUUUUGGUUGCUGGGGCUUUGUAAUAACUUUGGAUAUGUGGUGAUGCUGAGUGCUGCUCAUGACAUACUAAACAAACAGGAAUCUCAAAACACAACAGUCCCUACUCUGGCUCCAGAGAUCAGGAACACCAGCAAUAGUGGCCGCUAUGACUGCAAUCCUGUGUCCACUGCAGCAGUGCUGCUGGCAGAUAUUCUACCCACCCUCAUAAUCAAAUUCACAGCUCCUUUCUAUAUACACAAAAUGCCUUAUGGAUUCCGUGUGUUGGUGUGUUUCUCUACGGCAGUAGUCAGCUUCCUGCUGGUGUCAUUCUCUUCAACUAUAUUAAUGAGCAUCUUUGGUGUUGUCUUUGCCAGUGUUAGUUCAGGAUUGGGGGAGCUUUCCUUUCUUUCACUUUCUGUGUUUUACAGCAGGGAUGUAUUAAGUGGCUGGGGGUCUGGCACAGGGGCUGCAGGAGUAGCCGGAGCUUUGCUUUACUCUGCAUUUACACAAGCUGGUCUAACGCCUCAAGUUACGUUGUGGAUCAUGCUGGUUGUCCCUGUUAUUUUGGCAGUUAGCUACUUCUUCCUCCUGGUGUUUCCAGCGUCAUUUCCACAGUGGAGUCGCAGCGAAAGUUAUCAUAGUCCUUUCACGGCGGAGAACUCUCUGGAGAGACGUCCUUUAAUUGAUAAUGACUAUGAGAAAUAUGAGGAAGAACAAGAGGACAGUCUCAUCAGACCCCUAACCCUCACUGACAAAAUGUAUAUCAUGAAAGGCCUGCUGAGGUUUAUUUUACCUCUGUGCGUGGUUUACUUCGCAGAGUAUUUCAUUAACCAAGGACUGUUGGAGCUUCUGUACUUCCCUGACUCUCAUCUCUCACAUGCAGAACAAUAUCGCUGGUACCAGACACUUUACCAGAUCGGUGUGUUCAUUUCCCGCACUUCUCUCGUCUGCUUUAAGAUCAGGAAAAUCCUAGUGCUCUCACUUUUACAGUGUGUGAAUGCUGUACUGCUGGGUGUCGCAGUAUAUUACCAGUUCUUGCCAAACCCAUGGGUGGUCUUUAUUAUAGUUCUCUAUGAGGGUCUGUUAGGAGGAGCUGGCUAUGUGAAUACCUUCUACUUCAUCAGCAAAGAGACUGCUGAUCACGAGAGAGAGUUCGCCAUGGCUGCAGCGAGUGUAGGGGACAGCCUUGGCAUUGCUCUCUCUGCAGCUGCCGCCUUCCCUGUUCAUCAUUAUUUCUGCUCAUUAUAAGAGAAAGUGUGUUUGUGAAAGAGAGGAUAUGUUAACAUUAUGUCAUGAAUUCACACAUUAUACAAACAUAUGUAUGCAAAGAUAUCCAAAAUGAUUCUAGAGUGUGCUGUUAAUCUUUUAAUAAAAACUACAUUCCUUUGUGCACUAAUGAUUUGACUGAAUAAGUGUUGGUUGACUGAUCUGACUGACCAUUUUUUGUUUUAUUUGAACUCUUACUGACUCCAUUCAGCUAAUUAGAGGGUGUCACAUUGCAUGACCAUAAUUGUAAAAUAUGCUUUAAUUCAAAAUUCAGGAACCAUAUAUACAUGUAAAUGUUUCCUUGAGAUUCACUAUUGUUAUUAAAAUGUUUUCAU